UUUACGCGCGCGCGUUCCCCAAUCCGCACCAGUGGGGAGCAGUCCAGCCAGCGAUUUGAAGUAGUCUUCUUGCCCGGCUAGUGCUGUCUCUUGUCUGUCCAGGAAUGAGAAGUGAUGGCCGGCUCUGCAACCGAGGAAAAAACCUUCCGAAGGUUCUUGGAGCUCUUCCUCCGAGAGAUGAGGCCACCACUCCAGGAGAACGACCCUGUCCCAAUGCGCCCUUUGUCGGACCUCACCUCGGAGGACGAAGUGGAAGGGGAAUGCCUCGAUAUGUGUCUUCAGCACCUGUGCAAAUAUAACUGCCCCUUCUCCCUGGCGGCUGCCCUGGCGCGGGCUACAGCAGACAGUGUUCUGCAGAGUGACCUCUCCAUCUACCACAUCCAGAAGACUGUUGAGGAUGGAGUAGACCCUUUCCCCCAGAUUGAGUCAGUGGCCUUUUCCCGGCUCAUCUUCAACAAACUGUGUGAAACAUGCUGCCUGUGGCUGAAAGACUUCCCUUACCGCCGCCGGCCUCAGCCCUACUACGAGACCUCCAUCCACGCCAUCAAAAACAUGCGCCGUAAGAUGGAGGACAAACACAUCGUCAUCCCCGACUUCAACACUCUCUUCAACAUACAGGACCAGGAGGAGCAGGCCUUCUUUGCCGUGUUCGAUGGCCACGGGGGCGUGGACGCCGCCAUCUACGCCGCCAACCACCUCCACGUCAACAUGGUGCACCAGGAGUGCUUCAGCCAGGAUCCGGGGGAGGCCCUGUGUCGCGCCUUCAGAGUCACUGACGAACGCUUCAUCCGGAAGGCUAAGAUGGAGAACCUGCGCUGCGGCACCACGGGGGUGGUGACCUUCCUGAGGGGGCGGACCCUGUACGUGGCCUGGCUGGGGGACUCUCAGGUCAUGCUGGUCAAGAAGGGCCAGGCCGUGGAACUGAUGAAGCCUCACAAGCCUGACAGAGAGGAUGAGAAGCAGCGUAUUGAGGCUCUGGGAGGCUGUGUCAUCUGGUUCGGCACGUGGAGGGUUAAUGGCAGCCUGUCCGUAUCCAGAGCCAUAGGCGACAAUGAGCACAAGCCCUACAUCUCUGGCGAUGCCGACCACCACAUAGUCCCAUUGGACGGCACGGAGGACUACCUGAUCCUGGCCUGCGACGGCUUCUACGACACAGUCAGCCCUGACGAGGCGGUGCGUGUGGUCAGCGACCACCUGACGGAGAACAGCGGCGACAGCACCAUGGUGGCCCACAAGCUGGUGGCCUCGGCCCGCGAUGCUGGCUCCAGCGACAACAUCUCCGUCAUUGUGGUCUUCCUCAGAGACCUCCGUGUGCCCCCACCAGGAGAGGAGGAGGAAGAGGGGGCAGGGGAGGAGGGAGAGGACGAGGAAGUGGAGGAGGAAGGGCAAGGGGACAUGGGCUGCCAGGACGGGGGGAAGGGUCACUGUUUCCUGCAGCAGUGCUCCGCUCCGGCCGACCUGGGCUAUGAAGACCGCAUGGACUCGUUGACGGACAGAACCAGCCUAGGCCUGCUGGGGCCCACGCUGGGAGAGGAGGGUCGGAUCAGGUUCCCCCUGGCCAGCUCACACCAGUCCCCGUCCUUAGGCCUCACCCAGAACCUCAUGCCUGCCGAGGGCCAUGGAGCGGCCUGGCUGCCCUGCCUAGAAGAGGGGUUCCAGGGCUCCAAGCACAAGCCCCGGCCUAAACCCAGAGUCCCCGCCUGCCAGAAGCCCAGCUCAGACGGACAAUGGCCCCUGGCGGCCGCCCUGUUUGGCCACGCGGGGAGGCACACCCGGAGGAUGGCGUGCAUGAGCCCCAGGUGGGGGUGGGGGUCCCGGCGUUGGGGCCGAGCCCCCAGGGAGCUCCCCGGCCUGCUGCACUCCACCCGUAGUGUGUCCUACCCCCAGCGAUGCCCCGAGAGGAGGCCUGGGGUAGCCCUCCCCCACUUGCCCGACUGCAGCAGUGUCUGAUGAUGUGAAGUAAUCUCCACUCGCUCCUCUCUCUCCUGCCCCUUCCUUUAUCUGACUACAGUCAUCCAUCCAUCCAUCCAUCAUAAGCUCCUCAUCCAGGAUACUGGCACAACCCCCCCACCCCCCCCACACAUGCACCUACCCAUCCCCAUAGCCCCAUUCAGGAGGCCGGCCAUAACAAUUCCUGCUCUUGGCCCAUAUUGCAAACACACACUGUACUGUACUCUCCGAUUCAUAAUGGAAUACACAUUAUCCGCCCACUCCAUCUCCAUAGAUUUGAGUACUUAAUACAGGAUUAUAAGAUUAGUGGUCACUUACCUGAAUAAAUCCAACAUAUAUAGACCGAUAUGUAUUCCAGAUGGGGUUACAAUAAAGGAUAAUGGCAUGUAAAAGGGGAUAUUAUUAAGAAAUUAUAUUACAUUUAUAAUUUUGGGGAUGACGUCCUCCAUGAGCAGACAUUAAUCAGUCCUUGCCAUGCCUAUCAAAUUGAUGUUUACAUGACACUAAACACAAGAUGUGUUCUCAUUGACGAGAAGUCCUUCCCAGCAGGCUGGGUGUGAGUAAGUGCCCUAUCAGGCUUACUGGGCCAGGAUAGUUCAGACAAAGCAGCAGAACAUGUGCCUUCAUUAUCUGUCACUUAAGACUAUUCCCUGAACAAGAAAAAUGGAUGGGAAUUUUGAGCCUCAGUCGACAGAGUCCCUUCUAAGCUUCCCAUUACGAUAUGGACCCAUGUGUUUCAGAUCACUUACAGGGGUUACUUAACCAAUCACUAUGCUGCUUUAUAAUUUCACUAACAACAAUAGAGCAUAAGAAUGAUCAAUGGUUUGACAAAAAUAGUAAGUUAAUCUUAAUCUCAUGAUCCUUUCAAAUGUAAAUGUAAUUUUUUCUGAAACUCCAUAGUAAAUGCUAUCUAGCAAUGAUUAGGUUCUGUAAAAUGUGCUUCCACUCUCCUGGCCCAGGCAUCCAUCGUUCAAUAUUUAUCAAAGACGGUUCAGUCUCGCUGUUGGAAAAACUCCCCAUCUUUAUACCCUUAAGAAAACAGGAAUUGUUUGUGCCAUUCCUGAUGUUUUCAACAUUUACUAACACAUUGUGCCAUUUCCAUACUUUUGUUUAAAAACCACACCCGCUCCCGCCCUCCCCAGUCUCACUGAGUUCCCAGGGGCAGUAGACAAGGACACAGGGUAAAAGUGACCAAACCACGCAGUGGCCCACAGUCACACAGAGAAAUACCCUCAGCCAUUGCUUACUGCUCCUCUGAAACACAUAGCCGUUGGUCACCUGGUGGCCUCCCCACUGAAAAACAUGGUGGUCAUUUACAGAAGGCCAUUUGGACAGUCACUAUUAACCAUCCCCAGAGAGCAGAAUGUAUUCCAGUUGUAGAAUGUACAUGGAGCCCUCCCGGGACCUUCAUAGACGGGCCAAUAGGACUGAGACAGUAGUGGUGUUCUGGACUUGUAGCGACGCUCCCUGUGUGGAUGUAAGAAAACCGUUUCUGGAUGCUGUACAUCUGGAGGACAAUAUUCUGGAGGUGUUUGUUGAUCGUGGGAGAGGAAAUAAUGUAUAAUUUAUCAGCUAUCCACCGUAUCCUUGCAAAUCUGAGCAUUCUAUCCUGGUGUUCCAUUCUGAAGGAGCAGGAUGUGGAGAUAAGCGCACUGCCUCUUGGGCAAAAAGAUGCCCAUGCUUCUGUAUCUUUCUCUUUGCAUAACCAACACCUGCAUUUUGACUCUCGGAACAGCGGACUACACGAAUUGCCAUUUUCUGACCAAUACUGAAAGACAACCAUAAAGUUUAAUAUAUAAAAGGUAGUUAUCGAAUGCCCUGAGUCCCCCCAACCUCAGCCCCACCCCCACCCCCCAGCCCCACACCCAGCCCCAUCCACAUUACAUGCUUUUUGGAGCUUUCUGCUUUUUUUGAGAGCAAAUAAAGUAUACAUCUUUCCCGUCUUAAACGUUCUUCACAUGGGGCACCAAUUGCGUAUUGAAAUAGUAGUAAAUUCAUAUUAUGUACAUGUAAGUAUGAAUGUGUGUAUGUACGUGUUGAGAGUAUGCAUGUAGUCUGUCUUAUACGUCUGCUAUUUAAAAUCACCACUGUAAGGUCAGCAGGAUGGUGGCACAAUAUUCUGUGUUGAUAUCAAGCUUCACAGCCCCCAGCACUGUACUGUACUGUUCAUGUGACACCUUGGAAGGAGAGUCGUGUACAUUAGCAGUGCUUGAGUGACAAGGGAACAUGGGAAUUUAAAUGCUGGCCCAUCCACUGAAAUGUCAAAAUGGUCGCCCCCUCGCAGUCUUCUAUAGCUGUAGUCAUUUAUAAGACGCUGAACCUUAACCAAGCCAUAAACAGAAAAGCAAACUAUAGUUCCUCAGCUAAACUUGCUGACUCGCUUAACCCAUAGUUCUUCUCUCUCUCACCCACUGCUGCGGUAACC